AUGAAGGAUGACGAGAUCGAAGAGGAAGAUGACAACUAUUGGAUUUAUAGUCUGGGCAAAGAGCAAGCUGAGCCAUAUGUUGUUGAUGUACUGGUGAGCAAUGAAAGUCUAAAGAUAGAAGUAGAUACUGGUGCUGCAGUUAGUGUAAUGAAUGAGGAUACAUAUACAUUAUUGAAGAAAAAACACCCAAACCUAGAGCUAAAGGAAUCAAAGGUAAGACUAAAUACCUAUACGGGAGAGCAAGUUAAAGUGUUGGGUCAAGUGGAGACAUCGGUGAAGUAUGAAGAUCAAGAAGGCAUAUGGCCUUUACUAGUCAUAACAGGGAAGGGCUCCAACUUGAUUGGCAGAAAUUGGCUCCAAAAGAUUAAAAUAAAUUGGAAGAAUUUAUUUCAGUUAAAAGAGGACAAGAAUACCUCAGUCAAAGUUAAUAAGUUACUUGAGAAGUAUGAGGAAGUGUUUCAUGAAGAGUUAGGAACAUUUUCUGGUCCCAAAGCCAAAAUAUAUGUGGCUGAUGAUGCAAGUCCAAAGUAUUACAAGGCAAGACCUGUUGCCUAUGCAUUGAGGGAAAAAGUAGAAAAGUAG